AAAAGAAAUAAACGGGAUUUAAGAGUCUGCAUGAUUUAAAUUAGUUUACUUGAUCGUUCGACAGGAUUUACUAUUAUAAAUCUUGCCUAAAUCCUGCGUAAAAAUAGUCCUGAGAUGGCGAACGGCGAAGCUGGUAUGAAAUUUCCCAAUAUUAAAGCGCCAAAGCCUCUAAUCAGGAUCACUGAGAUUUUUUUAUGGGACGAUGUAAGGGUUAUCACAUCGGGUACCUCAACUCACCAUGAUUAUUUGAGCUUAGCGCCAGCGGCAAGUUCGUCGUUUCAGACAAGAAAAUUGAACCCUUGCACCACUGUUAUUGAGGAGUCGAGCACAGACCAUACCAUCACUGACUACCUUUCUGUGGAAGAUCUGGAGUUGGUUCAAGAAAUGGAUGCCUUGGGGCUUCCACUCUCGUUUGGUACGAGCAAAGCAAGGAGCAAUGUAACUUCCAGAUCUAAAAGAAACGGUACAAAACCAAAAUUUGCUAGACAUGAAAAGGAGAGAAAUAACCCAGUUCCUCAAAUCAUGGUUGAUACUUCUUGUCAUGAUGCCAAGGUGCACGGUAGGGGUGAUUUGCACUUAGAUGAAUCUGUAAGUGCAUCCGCUUUGGGUAGCGGAAAUGAAACAGUUAAGAAACCUUUUCUGUAUGAAGUGAGUGAUGCAAAUAGUGAAAACCUUGACAAACUUGAGUUUUCACCUGAUACAGUUCCAGUUAGUUUUCAGUUGAAUGCUGAAGUGUUAGGUUCGUUAAGUUUACAUGGUGACAGCUGUCCUGAAGAAAUUUUGGGAGAUGUAUGCUCUCAGGCUCUAUUUCAUCACGAUGGAGGUUUAGUGAAAAAACAUGAUCUUGACAUAUUCUCUGAAGAUUCAUCUUCAUUGUGCUGUAAUAUGCAUCUGAAAGGGGAAACACAUACUUGGCAGAGGAGUUCUGUCUUAUCAGAGUUUUCACUCUGUACAUUGGGUGGUUGCCAUGAUAACUUCAUAUAUUGUGAACAUGGGGGCUGGAGGGUUAUUUGGGAUCCUUUCUACAAGAGCAAUUACUUUGUCAAUGUUAAGACACUGGAAUCAACAUGGUAUCCUCCUCCAGGGUUAGAUGAAUAUGCUUUUCCUUGCAGCGACUUAAGCCGAAAAGAAACAGAUGUAGAUGCAGCUGAGAAGGAUACAGGGAGUGAGCAUUCCUGUGGUUUCAGCGUUGUAACAGAUUCACUCCUUGAAAAUGAAGGUGACUCUCAUUUUACAGGUGAGCAACCUGUUAAAAUUUCAGCUAAGAUGGAAGCAGAGAUUGGCUUUUAUUCACAGUAUGCUAUUGUUGGCAAUGGGAAUUCAAAUGUGCAAUUGUCACUCUAUCCAUCAAAUGUUACAGAUGACGUGAAAGAGAAACUGCAAGAACGCACAGAGUAUCUCUCUGAUAGUUUAGUCAAGUACUGGCGCCAAAGAUACUCUUUAUUUUCUAGAUUUGAUUAUGGUAUAAAGAUGGAUGAGGAAAGCUGGUUUUCUGUAACACCUGAAUUAAUUGCUAAGCAUCAUGCAGUUCGAUGCGGCUCUGGAACUAUAAUUGAUUGCUUCACUGGAGUUGGUGGAAAUGCAAUUCAGUUUGCCAUGAGGAGUAAUCAUGUCAUUGCGAUUGAUGUUGACCCACAAAAAAUUGAGUACGCACAGCAAAAUGCUGUUAUUUAUGAAGUCAGUGAGAGGAUUGAUUUCAUAAAGGGUGAUUUUUUCGAGAUAGCUCCUAGCUUAAAGGGUGAUGUUGUUUUCUUGUCUCCCCCUUGGGGUGGUCCAGAUUAUGCUAAAAUGCAGGCUUAUGAUAUGAGUUUACUCAGGCCUCGUGAUGGGUAUUAUCUUUUUAAAAUUGCAAGCAUGAUUGCUGCUAAAGUUGUAAUGUUUCUUCCUCGAAAUGUGAAUUUGAGCCAAUUGGUGGACCUUUCUAUGUUAGCUGAUCCUCCAUGGAACCUGGAGGUCGAGAAUAAUUAUUUAAAUGGAAAGCUAAAAUCAAUCACGGCUUACUUCGAUAAGACUACUAGAGAUUAA